AUGAAUGCAUCGUUUAAUGAAUAUGUUUCAGAUGAUACUUCUUGCAAUCCACUCACUCCAACUACAUUUUUAUUUUCUUAUACAAACGACCUUGCUGCUCAAGUUAUCAACAACGUAUGGCAUGUUUUAGCACAAAGCACGGAAUCUCCUCAUUAUAAUUACGUUGCUACUGUGCGAUUCGAUGUUGAGAAUGAAGAUGCAUUCUUCAUUAAUGAUGAUUGGAGCGGGGCUAGUUCUACAAUAAUGAAUCAUCAACCCGAUCCGUCACUAGAACCUCACUAUUUCUUUCGACGGUUGGAGCAGGAACUUGAAGAGAAUGCUCACAAGAAGAAACAUUUGGAUUUGGACACAUUUGGUUUCGAGAGAGAAUACAAUGAUGAGGAUGAGGAAAAUAAUGCGGAUGUAGAAGUGGAUCACGAACAUGAGGAGAAUGAUGAAUGA